AUGAAUAGAGAAACUUCGCCGCCUUUAACGCGCGCUGAUAUGACGCAUGACCGGCAGCGAACGUACCGCAAGUUCCCCCGGCUCCACGCAGAUAAACACCUGCACAAGCUCAACAUUGAUGUAGACAAACAUCUGAAUCCAUACUUGGUUUCAUCUGCUUCUUUUUUCCAGUACUUGCCAAACCCAGUAUCGCGGUUUUUCGGGUACCGCGACACUCGUGGGAAUGAUGUUCCUCUGCGGCGACGCGGGCCUCCACUACGCACAAAACCGCUACCAGAUAUUGUUCGGUCCGCUUGGGUUUUAGUGGCUACAUUUUCCGGACUUAUCACAACCAUGUGUGUGAUGAAGUACGCCAACACAUUUAACGGCAAUAACAAACACCAUUGGACGGCUCCAGUUAUUGUACCGUCAUGGGCAGCGGCAGCCAUUUUAAUUUACAAUGCUGUUGAGUCGCCGUUGGGACAACCCCGGAAUACAUUUUGCGGCAACCUUGUGUCGUCAUUUGUGGGAGUGGCCAUCACCAAGCUAUUUAUGUUACGCGCAGCUAACGAGGAACACCUGUGGGUAUGUGGCGCGCUGAAUGUGGGUGUCGCAAGCAUUGCCAUGGCGGUCACCAAGACGGUGCAUCCUCCGGGCGGUGCAGCUGCACUAAUUGCAGCCGUUGAUCCGACAAUUCGCGGGCUUGGAUGGUUUUAUAUAGUGGUACAGAUUGUGACCGGGUUAAUCAUGUUGUCGGUGGCUUGUUUGUUUAAUAAUGUGCAACGACGAUACCCGCUAUACUGGUGGACUCCGUUAACGUUACGAGCGGUUGCAACGCCUGAGGUUCUGGAAGAAGAGCAAAAAACAACGCAGCAGCCGCAGGCAACAACGGUGACGGCACCGGGCGCAAUUGUUGGUGAAAGCGGGGGUGGUCCAGUUGAGAGAAAAUUGCUUAUGGAGAGAAACGCCGCACGGCAACCUCCCGAAGAAACCGUUCGAGCCGCACCACCGGGUAGCAGCGGUAGUGCGGCCACCAUGUAUGGAGUGGCAGCAGCAACUGCGGAGUCGACAGAAGAAAGAGGAGGAACGGCGUUGGAUCUUUUGCCCAUAAAAACCGCUGUGGAUUCUCUUUCUUCUUCUCUUUCUUCUUCUUCAUUAAACUCGUCUGGGUCUUCCAAUAAUUACUUUGCAAAUAUGGGAUCAGUUACUUCAAAACAUAGACGCGACAGAAAUGCUCAACAACAAGAAGAAGAAGCAGAAGAAAACACUCCACAGGAGUAUGUGGGACCUGCAGUGACAAAUGAUAAUAGGCGGCUUUCACACUCGCUGUCACAUACACUUUCACGCACAAUCACUCACGUUGUAUCAGACACAAACUACACUCAGGUGGUCGGCACGCGGCCCGACGACACAGGAGACCUGGUUUUAUCUGGCGGGACUGUAUUGAGUCGGCGGCCGACUCGGGUAUCAGAUGUUGCUGUCAAUGGGCAGCAGAGUGAUAACCAGGCGGAGGAAGAAGAGACGAUAGAGCCGCUAACAGCAAGUGAGGAAGAGGGGCCUGCGGUUGUGGUUCUGCCGUCACAUUUUAUGUUACCGCCAGGAUUGGAAUUGACAGAGGAAGAGCAGGUGCUUUUGGGCCGGAUCCAGGAGCAGCUCAAAGCCUUGGCAGCUGCCCGGCAGAACCGGUCUGCAGAUGAUAAUGUUUAA